UAAUACAGAAUAACACAAAACAAGUCUUGAUGUGGAAAAAUUCAUGAUUUUACAGCAACAGUUGUUUGUGCAUUGAUUCCGAGACGGGUGUACUAAGCUGAUCACCCACAUCUUGCGGAACGUUUAUUGUGGGUAUCGAUUUGACUUGACACCGUUUGUCAGUCAAUAAUGCCAUGCUAAUCGCACGUGUCCGGAACUAAAAACAGCGUGGCUAGCCGGGCGUGGGAGAUAAGGCAGGUUUUGUGUGUGGUGUCUAAGGGUGAAUUACAAUGGCUCUGGGUUGCGUCUCGCGAUCAGCUUUUAAGAAUGGCUUUCGGGUGGAGAACUUGUUAUUCCCGGGAUUCCGGAAAAUGUCCUCGAAUCAAUCAAAACCCAAGAAAACCACACAGCUAAAGAACAUGUUGAAUUCAAAAGAGCUGGAAUUCAUCAUGGAAGCUCAUAACGGCCUGAGCGCCCGCAUCGUGGAGGAGGCUGGUUUCAAAGGCAUCUGGGGAAGUGGGUUGUCCAUCUCAGCACAACUUGGGGUGCGAGACAGUAACGAAGCGUCGUGGACCCAAGUUGUUGACGUCAUGGAGUUCAUGAGUGACGCAACCACAAUUCCCAUCCUGCUAGACGCGGAUACCGGAUAUGGAAAUUUUAACAACGCGCGCAGGCUUGUCAGAAAAUUGGAAGAUAGGGGAGUUGCAGGUGCAUGUUUAGAAGACAAAUUAUUUCCAAAAACAAAUUCACUUCUUGAUGGCCGAGCCCAACCUCUCGCAGAUAUAGAAGAAUUUGCAUUGAAGAUUAAGGCUUGUAAGGACAGUCAGACGGACCCAGAUUUCUGCAUUGUCGCACGAGUGGAGGCGUUCAUUGCAGGAUGGGGAUUAGACGAAGCUUUAAAACGAGCGGAAGCAUACAGAAAUGCAGGUGCUGAUGCAAUCCUGAUGCACAGCAAGAAAAGUGACCCCUCUGACAUCGAAGCUUUCAUGAAAGCAUGGAACAAUCAGGGCCCAGUUGUUAUUGUACCGACCAAGUACUAUCAGACCCCUACACAACACUUCCGGGAUAUGGGCGUUUCUAUGGUCAUAUGGGCCAAUCAUAAUUUGCGAGCCUCCAUCACCGCCAUUCAGGAGACCACCGCCACGAUUUACAAAGACCAGUCUCUGGUAGCCAUAGAAAACAAUGUAGCUUCUGUUAAAGAAGUGUUUCGUCUGCAGAGGGAUAGCGAGCUGGUGAAGGCAGAAGAUGUCUACCUACCUCAAAAAUAGGGACCCAUCUCAAACUCACAGGCAGCACUGCUACACGUGGAAAGAAAGGGGGUGUUAUUACUUUAUAAAUCACACAGGGUUUAGUAUUUAACAUCAAUUUGAUGGGGAGGCUUUAAAUAGUAGAACGCUGGUAAUAAGGUAUUUGGGAUAAAUCGGUAGAAACUCGUAAGUUUUGGAGAUUGUUUUUAUUUUACAGAUUUGACCACAAUGACGUUAUUAAGAGCAUGGAUUUGCCGUAAAUUUGUUUUUGUUGCAAAAUGUCUUUUAAAAAAUCUAUCUACAGACAAGAAAGGUAAAGUUUGUCAUUUUAUACCUUUCAGGUACACGCAUAGCGUGAACUGUAAUGGGUGCGUCUGUUAAUGUGUUGUGAGGCAGUAUAUUUUAUAUUAUUUUAUUGAAAUCCUUAUAUACUAAAAAUAUACAUUUAACAUUUUUUGUAUAUGAAAUCGUGCAUUUGUGCGUGUUCUUCAAUCAGCGUCCUCAACAUUUUUAAAAUUUCAUAUGGAGUGCCUAUUUAUGUUAUCUAAAUUAAUAUUUAUAUCAUAUCAAUGUCUACUAUUUAUACUUAUUUAAGCUUAGUAAACACUGUUGUUGUUUUUUUGUGCUAGGACAUGUUGAAUCUCAUUUUCACAAUACAUGUGUUAAUGACACGAAAAAAUUGAAAUUAUAUGAAUCUCCUGUGUAAUUUAUAACAGGUAUUUAUUUAUGAGAUUAUCCUUUUGAAAGUCUCAAUUAAUAUUGAAAAAUAAUCAUUGAUAUGUAAGAUUAUUUAUAACUGACUUAUAUUUAUGGGUAUGAAUAAGGUAUAUUGUAUGUUGUGUUUUACGGCAUCUGAAUUUUUGACCUCUGACACGAGGAUUUGUGUACACGUAUAUCCUGUGGAGCUUUACACUUUACGUCUUCUGUUUGAUGUCUAUUCUACACUAGUAUUUUAUGUAUUUAUUUUUGGUAAUGAGAAUUUGUUUUACAAUUCAAACAAACCAAAAAUGCUGUCAUACCGGUAUAUGCUUUGUUCACUGCAUGCUGGCCAAUGCACAGGAAUAAAUUGUAAAAUAAAA